CUGAAUCAUAUGACUUUGACAUAUGAAUGAAUGAUAUGACGUGCCAUGACAAUCGUGACAUUUGCACCUAGCUUCACAGUUGUUUACAUUUUCCAAUUUUUUUUUUAUAUAGAUGUAUACAAUUUCCAAAUAAAAUUUUCCUGUGGUCCUUUCAAGCUGUAAUUAGAACAUCUAAAAUUAGAAGAGUCUAGAAAAAUUGAGAAUAUCCCUCAAGGAAGCCUUAUAAAUACGUACCGAUCCAUGUGUGUGGCAGAAAAUAGCUUGAAACUGUGUCAAUUGAAAAUUAACCUUACAAUAUUCCAGAAUAGUAAUUUUUCCGAGAUAAAAUGGAAAUUAUCGAGUGCGAAAAGUACAAGGAACAAGGCAAUGAAGCUUUCAAAGAUGAAAAAUGGGACGAUGCUUUGAAACAUUACACUAAGGCCAUCAAUAGUGUUAAAGGAGAACCCAAAGAAUUGGCAAUUUACUGCAAGAAUCGAGCUGCUGCCUAUUUGAAGCUGGGAAAUUAUGAAAAAGCCAUUGAAGAUUGCGACAAGAGCUUGGAUGUAUGCCCCAAUGAUCCUAAGGCACUAUUUAGAAGAUGCCAGGCUUUAGAAUCAUUGCAAAGAUUUGAAGAAGCUUACCGAGAUGCCACUCAAAUCUUCAAAGAUGAUCCGGCAAACAAAACCAUCCAACCUUACCUUCAAAGACUUCACAAAAUCGUCGAGGAACGAGCAAGAAUAAACUCCCAAACCAGCACUAAACUGGACACGAUGCUUAAAAUAGUAUUCGACCCUAGCAAUGACAAAGAAAAACGAGAGACUGCCAUGAACAACUUGUUGGUGCUUGCCAGGGAACACGCCGGAAGCGAAGUGAUGAUAAAAAGCCCUGUGGUGCAAAAGAUUAAAAAUUUACUUAAAAUAGAGAAAAAUCAAACGUUAUAUGUAACAGGGGUGAGGAUAAUAGGCGAACUGUGCAAACAUUCAGAAGACAAAACAAAGACUGUUAUGAAAGAUGUUGGAGUACCUUGGUUUUUGGAAAUUUUAGAUUCUAAAAAUCAAGAAGUCGUUACUGCAGCUCAAUAUUGUUUGCAAUGUAUUUUAAACAGCCUAUCCGGAAUGGAGAAUAAGGCAGACUCAAAACCUAAAAAAGAACUUGUAGAGAAAAAUAAAUCAGCCAUUGACACCUUACUUACAUGUCUUACAGUGUCUAUUAAUGAAAGAACCAUAAGUGGCCUGGCAAGGGAUGCUAUCAUAGAAUUAUUAACAAGAAAUAUACAUUAUACUACUCUUGAAUGGGCAGAACAAUUGGUUGAAAAAGAUGGAGUAAGGAAACUGUUAGAUUGUUGCAGUGAGUUACAAGAAUUCCAUUACGAAAGUGCCAUGGAUAUUACACCAUCAACUAGAACCAUUGCUGCAGUUUGUUUAGCAAGAGUUUACGAAAACAUGUACUAUGAUAAAGCGAAAGAAAUUUUCUUAAAUAAAGUGCAAGAUUUCAUCAAGGAAAAACUGUUGAGUCCUGACAUUGAAAGUAAAGUAAGAAUAACUGUUGUUAUAACUGAACUUUUAAGAGGUCCUUUGGACUUGGGAAAUAUUCUUAUAGGCAAAGAAGGGAUUAUAGAAAUGAUUCUUGUCAUGGCAAAUACUGAAGACGAUGAGCUUCAGCAAAAAGUGGCUUGUGAAUGUAUUAUCGCAGCAGCCAGCAAAGCUGAUAAAGCGAGAAGUAUCCUGGCGCAAGGAACUGACAUUUUAAAGAAACUUUACAAAUCCAAGAAUGACCAUAUUAGAAUCAGAGCUCUGGUUGGAUUAUGCAAAUUAAGCAGCUAUGGUGGAAAUGAUGCAACAAUAAAACCAUUUGCUGAAGGAUCUACAUUAAAACUAGCAGAGGCUUGUAGGAGAUUUUUGCUUCAUCCUGGCAAAGACACUGACAUAAGGAAAUGGUCAGCUGAAGGCCUUUCUUAUCUCACCCUUGAUGCUGAAGUAAAAGAAAAACUAAUCGAAGACAAAGCAGCUCUGAAGGCUUUGGUGGAAUUAGCUAAAAGUGGCGAUCAAAGUGUAAUUUUUGGUGUAAUAACAACUCUUGUCAAUCUUUGCAAUGCUUAUGAGAAACAAGAAGUCAUACCGGAGAUGGUACAGCUUGCCAAGUUUGCCAAACAACAUAUACCAGAGGAACACGAGUUGGAUGAUCCAGAUUUUGUAACCAAGAGGCUGGUAGUGCUGGGACAAGAAAAUUUCACUACAGCUUUGGUGGCUUUGAGUAAAACUGAGAGUGCAAAUUCAAGGGAACUUAUUUCAAGGGUGUUUAAUGCUUUGGCUAGCGAACAUGAAUUGAGAGGAAUUAUGGUUCAACAGGGAGCUGUCAAGGUUUUAAUUAAAUUGGCUUUGGAUGGAACUGAAAAAGGAAAACGUCAAGCGUCUCAAGCCCUAGCGAGAAUAGGCAUCACAAUGAACCCUGAAAUAGCUUUUCCAGGCCAACGAUCCCUUGAAUGCAUUAAGCCCUUACUCUCUCUAUUACAUCAAGAUUGUACAGGACUUGAAAACUUUGAAGCCUUAAUGGCGUUAUGUAACAUUGCCCAAAUGAACGAGACAGCUCGCCAAAGAAUUGUAAAAGAACAAGGUUUCUUCAAAAUUGAACACUACAUGUAUGAAGACCACGAAUAUAUUUCUAGAGCAGCUUUGCAGUGUAUGUGCAACCUAGUACAAAGUGAGGACAUUGUAAAGACCUUCUUUGAAUCAGAAAAUGAUAGAGUUAAAUUUAUUGUCUCUUGUUGUCUGGAUGAGGAUCAAGACUCCGCAAUGGCUGCCAGUGGAAUGUUAGCAGUUCUUACAAGUUAUAGUGAGAAAUGCUGCGAAAAAAUAUUUGACUCUAAAAAUUGGCUAGAAGCGAUACAAUGCUUGCUGGCCAACAAAUUAGUAAGCAUGCAAUAUAGAGGUGUGUGCAUUGUUGCCAACAUCAUUAAUGCUAGUAAAGUGUUAACAGAAAAAUUAAUGGAGAGUAGUGUAUUGGAAAUUUUGAUGGCCUUGAAAUUGUUACCUGAUGAAGACAGUAAUAGGAAAAAGAUAAAUGAAGUUAUUGAGGAUGCUUUGAAGACUGCUGAGAAAUAUGGAGUUAUCAAAAAGCCUGAAGAUGAGAAUGAUGAUUAGAAUAAAGUAUUUGAAAUGUUAAUUUUUUAUACAUAAAAUUUAUAUCUACAAUUAAGUUUUUAUUAGAUUUGUCCACAUUGUGAACAAUGCUUAUUGUUGAUAGAACUUCACAAAGUUAAACAGAUAUUUAUUGUAUUUAUUUUAAGUACUUUAUGGUAUUAUUUAUUACGGAAAUAAAUAUUCAUUGCCUUUUU